AUGGCUUUGGGACUUUUCUGGGCAUCAGUCUGCCUGUGCGGAUUGCUUUUCAUCCUUGCCCUCGACAUUAUGGGUGUCUUCUCAAGAAAGAACCACUUCGAUGUGGCAGACCGAACUGUCAUCGUUACGGGCGGCUCCCAAGGCAUGGGCAGGGGGCUGGCAAAGCUCUUGGCUGAAAAGGGUGCCAACGUCGUGAUUGUUGCGCGCAACAAACAGAAACUUGAUGAAGCUUUGCAGUACAUUAAGGCGGCAGCAAAGGAUGCGCAGAAACAACAAUUCCUCUCCAUCAGUGCCGAUCUGACAAAAGCAGAGGAAAAUGAACGAGUAAUCCAAGAAGUGACUGUCUGGAACAAUGGCAACCCACCUGAGGUGGUAUGGGCCAAUGCCGGAAUGUCGCAACCUAUGCUAUUCGUCGAGACACCCGUGGACACCUUGAAGCAGCAAAUGGAAGUCAAUUACAUGGCAGCAGCUUACCUCGCCCAAUCAACGCUAAAAACAUGGAUCAAACCAAGUCCAAACAAGUCCAAACCACCACUUUCAUCUGCAAAUCCAAGACACUUCAUCAUGACAUCCAGCACAGCCUGCUUCGUAGGAGUCGCAGGCUACGCACCAUAUUCCCCACCCAAAGCCGCCAUGCGCUCUUUAGCAGACACAUUGCGCUCUGAAGUCAACUUAUACAACGGCGCACGACGCAAAGACCCCAUCAACGGACCCGCAGCAGAUAUCAAAAUCCACUGCGUAUGCCCUGGAACCAUCCUCUCACCUGGCCAUGAGAAUGAGCAGAAAUCCAAGCACGAAGUCACCAAAAUCCUCGAAGCCGGCGAUCCGGCGCAGAGCGAGGAUGAAGUUGCAAAAGCAGCUGUUAAUGGUCUUGAAAGCGGUGGCUAUCUGAUCACGACACAGUAUUUGGGUCAUGCCAUGAGAGUGAGCGCUUUGGCGGGCAGUCCAAGGAAUAAUUGGUUCGUGGAUACUGUCUUCAGCUGGAUCACUUCGAUAGCUUGGUUGUUCAUUGGGCCGGAUCUAGAAGCCAAGGUGUACAAUUAUGGUAAAAAGCACGGCAUCUCGCAUCAGUGA